AAACUUUAUAAUCAUGUUUAGUUUGAGAAAUAACUUGGUUAGAAAAAUCAAGAGUUAUAACAAACUUGUCACUCCCAAAAGAACAUUUGCGAAACAGAAAAAGCUGUCAACCACCUUCCUCCAGAGACCUGGAGAAGGCAACAUGAAAAGAGUUUCUCUCAUUGAUGGUGAAGGUGUUGGACCCUAUUUGACUGAUUCCGUGCAGGAAAUCUUUGAAGCAGCUCAUGUCCCAGUCAAGUUCGAGAAUAUCCCUAUCAUCGAGGCAAAAGAGAUGUCUGUAAAUAUUGAGAGGCAGACUAUGGACAAGCUCGUACAGAAUGAUGUCAUCCUGAAGGGACCCAUUUCAAACGAUGAUGUCCUUAUGUGGAAUAACCAUCAAAUUUCCAAGGCAUUAGAGAUCUAUGCCUAUAUUGUUCAUGCUUUCACUAUUCCAGGAGUGAAAACAAGGCAUGAUGAUAUUGAUAUUGUGCUGAUUAGAGAGAAUAGUGAGGGAGAGUACGCAUCCAUUGAGCAUGAGCUCCUUCCAGGAGUUAUCGAAAGUAUCAAAGUAAUUACACACGAAAAUUCUAAGAGAAUUGCUGAAUAUGCUUUUGAAUAUGCACUCCUCUCUAACAGAAAGAAGAUCACCGUAGUGCAUAAAGCUAACAUCAUGAAGCUUUGCGAUGGAGAAUUCUUGGAUGCAGCAAGGGAAGUUUCACAUAGAUAUCCAACAAUUUUGUAUGAAGAAAUGAUAGUUGAUGCGACUUGCAUGAAUCUCGCAACGAAUCCUCAAGCUUUUGAUAUUAUGCUUCUUCCUAAUCUCUAUGGAUCUAUUAUUGGUAGUAUUGUGGCAGGACUAGUAGGAGGUGCAGGUAUUGCUCCAGGAGCAAAUAUUGGUAGAAAAUACGCUAUCUUCGAACAAGGAGCCAGGCAUUCUGGAAAAGAUAUUGCAAAAACUGGCCAAGCAAACCCAACUGCUUUCAUUCUCUCAGCUGUAAUGAUGUUGAGACACCUUGGACUUCCAUUCUUCGCUGAACAAAUCCAAAACUCUAUCUUCAAGACACUAGAGGAAAGAAAAGUCAGAACACCAGAUCUUGGAGGGAAUCACGGUACUGCAGACUUGACUAGAAGAGUCAUUGAGAACCUUGACAUAGACUAGUUCCUUGAUCAAAGGCCUUAAAUAUUCAAUUAUGGCUGCC